AUGAGUGUCUGGGUGGAAACGACUCUCGGGAACCUCAUAAUAGACCUCGAUGUCCAGGACGCGCCGUUGGAAUGCCAAAAUUUCCUCAAGCUAUGUCAGUUGAAGUAUUACAACUAUGCGCCCUUCUUAAACCUCCAAAAGAACUUUGCGGUGGAGAUUGGCGAUCCAAUGUAUCCACUAUCUAAAACAGGCUGCUCCAUUUGGGGGUUCAUAAAUGAUCAAGGGCAAAUCGAGUAUGAUCCAAAUAAGAAGACCCCCGUUAAUCGUGCCAAACAGUACUUUGUCCCCAAUAAGCAAAACAGCCAUAAGGUCGUCGAUCAAGUGGGGACUGUUGCACUAAUAACCAAUACCGACCAAUCUAAAGCGAGUAGUAAAUUAUUAAUCACUUUGGAUGAGAAUUUACAUGGGUUACAGGAUAGUGGUGCCGUGGUAUUUGGUAAAGUUAUUGAUGGGUUUAGUACGUUAAAUGCGAUAAAUGAGUCGUUCAUCGAUGAUGCUAAUAAUCCAUUGGUAGACAUUAGGAUCAAGAAUACGUUUAUCAUUGCUGAUCCGUAUGUCACAGAGUUUCAACCACAAUUUGAAGGUUAUAAAGCACCAAAAACCACGGCUUUUCCCAAAAAAUUGAUUGCUCAUGUACGAUUACCAGAGAAUCUUGAGAAUAAUAUUGGUAACGAUGAUGAAGAGACGAAUAUUUCACGGUUUAAAGAAAACGAAGCAAAGUCACAGGCAUUGACCCUUGAAAUGAUUGGUGAUCUACCCCACGCCGACGUGAAGCCUUUGGAAACCAUUUUGUUUGUUUGUAAAUUGAACCCAAUCACCCAAGAAGACGAUUUGCAAUUGAUUUUCUCGAGGUUUGGGAAAAUUAAAUCAUGUAAUAUUGUGAAAGAUGGUAUCACUGGCAAGUCAUUACAAUAUGCCUUUAUUGAUUUCGAAGAUAAAAAAAGUUGCGAGGCUGCUUAUUUGAAAAUGGAUGGGAUCAUCAUUGAUGAUCGAAGAAUCCAUGUUGAUUUCAGUCAAAGUGUUUGGAAUUAUAAGAAUGACAAUAAAAAGGGUGGUCAAAGGGAUGGAGAUAAUAGAAAUGUUCGGCCAACAUCUUCUUCUCAAAGACACCAUCAUCGUCGUCGUCAGGAUCAUGAUGAUCAUCGAAGAGGUUAUUAUAGUAGAAGAGAGGAUACCGGUAGAGAAUCACAUAGACAUCAUGAUAGGUAUUACGGUAAUGAGUCUAAAGAUAGGUAUUACAGGAAUGAUUCAAGGGAUAGGCAUAGACAAGAUAGGCAUAGAUACGACUCAGAUGAUAAGCAUUACAGUAGAAAACGAAAAUAUCAGGAUUAUGAUAAAGAGGAUUCACGGGAUAGUCAUAGAAGACGCUAA